AGUCAAGGGAAGGAGGAAAAGAUUUAAGAAGAGAAAAGGUCACACUCACACUGUCGUCUGUCCUUAUCAAAUUUAUCACCGCCACCCAAUCCCAUCAUCACCAUCUAGAAGACCAAUUAAAACUAAUCCCAAACAUCACCGUAUGAAUGAUUAUAUUAUACGGGUAUGACUAAGUCGCUAUAGUGUAGAUUUGCAGGUUCUUAUCUCAUGAUUCAACUGCUACAAUUGGUUGCUUAGAACUAAAAAACAGAGCCCAGAAGAAGAGAGAGAUAGAUGGGUCUAUUCACUAACAAAAUCGAGAGAAGUGAGAUCAGGCCCGGAGACCACGUCUAUACUUACAGGGCUGUCUUCGCUUACUCUCACCAUGGUAUAUUUGUUGGGGGAAGCAAAGUGGUCCAUUUUAGACCAGAACGAAACCUGAAUUCAAGUGAAGCAUCAACUGACCCCUAUGAUUCCAUGUCCUGUCCAACCUUUCCUGAUUGUGGAUUCAGACAACACAACAGUGGUGUUGUCCUAUCUUGCCUGGACUGCUUCCUCAGAAAUGGAUCCGUCUACUGCUUUGAAUAUGGUGUUACCCCAUCUGUUUUCCUUGCCAAAGUCCGGGGUGGAACAUGCACCACUGCAGUAUCUGAUCUGCCAGAAGCAACUAUCCACCGAGCGAUGUACCUUCUUCAAAAUGGAUUUGGCAAUUACGAUGUGUUUCAGAACAACUGCGAAGAUUUUGCACUCUACUGCAAAACUGGUCUUCUAAUAAUGGACAAGCUAGGUGUUGGAAGAAGUGGCCAAGCUUCUUCAGUCAUUGGUGCUCCACUGGCUGCCAUUCUAUCUUCACCUCUGAAGCUUUUGAUGCCGAGCCCAGUUGGCGUGGCAACAGUAACAGCCGGAAUGUACUGUAUGAGCAGAUAUGCAACUGAUAUUGGUGUUCGAACUGAUGUGAUCAAGGUGGCUGUGGAGGACUUACAUGUGAACUUGGGUUGGGUGGGCGAACCUGAAGAAGAAGCUGAAGAUAGUGAGUCCUCCAACAGAGCUCUUGUUAGAUGAUGAUGUGAGUUUGAUCCUUAUGCAUGAUGGGAUAUCCAUUGUUAAUAACAACAACAAUAAUCAUUUUGUUGACUUUAACGACUGAAAUUAAAGCUUCUCCCUCUUAUCCCCACUCUAUAACUCUCUUUUUCAUGCUGCUCCACAUUUUUAUUACUAGUAUUCACUUGCUUUCGAGUUGUUAAUGCAUGGAGAUAAUGAAAGCAUAUUUGUUUUGAAA